AUGCCACCCAAAGUUUUGAGGCGCGACGGAAAUGAGACUCGGACUGCGCUGCGCGUCCAAACCCAAGGCGAAGAUGAUAGCGACGUCGAGAUGGAUGAUGCCGUGUCCGACCAGAUGGCCAGCCCUGUCGCUGCUCGCAAAGCCCCGUCUAUGGCCCUGAAGGCUAUCAAAGCCCGUGAAAAGGCGCUGGUCGACAAGUUCGCAGUCGUGCAGGCCAACAUACAGAACGAUCUCGAAAAAGACGAUGGCGUUGUAGUGGACUGUUUCUUCCAUGCGAAGGAGAAACGCGCUCCGAUGGAUAAGUCCUACGACUAUACCCAUCUCAUGAAGCUGGUAUCACCCAUGCCAUUUGUCCUGGUGAAGCAGACCAUCCUCACCGAAGGCGAGUACGCAGGUCAUGUUGCCAUCUUGGUCAAGCAGUCUUUGCCUUUCCCCUUAAUGAGGCUCCCUAUCUCCGUUCGUACCAAGGUGCUUAACUUUAUGCUCAAGCAUGAUGAAGAGGCCAUCCGGGUUUCUCUCUCCCAGGGAGGAAAAAAGGCAGCAUAUUCGAAAGAGUUCCACGGCAAGAACACGCUCGCCAUCCUUGCGACAUGCAAACAGAUCCGCGAUGAGGCGGCGCCUCUCCUCUACGGCCAAACCUUCGUCUUCCCAGGCACUGGCGCCCUUACCACAUUCUUGCUCCAAAUCGGCCAAUUUAGCAAGUAUCUCCGCCACCUUGAACUCGAAACGUACACCGGUGCCUCCGCGCGUACCAUGUUCCACCUUCUCGAAAAGGCCACGUCGCUUGAGAUACUCCAUUUUCAACAUAUCUCCUCUAAUGAGAGGCCGAAAACGGCGGUCAAGAACAUAUACAACGAUGCCUAUCCGUGGCUGAUGGCCGUUGGUAAGGAAUGUCCCACCAAGGGUCUCGAGAUUAUGCACUUUCACGAGGCGGCAUUCCACCGACGUGACAAGAACGAAAAUGGAGAGCCCGAAUCCAUCAAAUGGAGCAGUGCAGAACAUGAAACACUCCGCAGAGGACUUCGCUUGAAGUUGGAGAAGGCAAGCAGGGCCAAUGCAUCAUCUUGA